CAACACACACCAAUCUAUUCCUUUCAAUAAAGGACAUUGCUAACUGGGGUGGCAUGACACAUACUUUACCUCCAUAAUGGUUUUGAUUACACAAACAAGCAAUGUAAUAUACGCAACAAAAACCAGAAAGUUAGGCCUUUAAUUUCAAACCUUCAAUCAUUUCAAAACUGUUCUUCAUAAUAAUAAUAAUGUACCUUAGUUUUCAAAACGUUCACUAUACAUUUUUCUUAUUCUUAUCCUCAUGAUCAGCUUCUGUGAUCUUUCUUCUUCUGGUUGAUAAGUGAGAAAGUGGUUAUGAACUUUCCAUGUCUCUUUUCUCUUCACUGGCCAUUGUGGACAAAGAUGCAGAUUCUUCAAAGGGUAACUAAAAUUCAGAGUUCAUGAGAGAGCCCACUUGAAAAAGUGAAGAUCAGAACAAGUUUUAAGAACUUUUGUCCAAUUCAUCAAGAUGUGAAGAGAAUUUAUAGAUGCAGAAAGUGAGGGACAAUGUUAUCAACUAUAAGAAGUAAUCCACAGAGAAUUACUGAUCUUCAAAUUUCAGCAUCAUUUUAUGUAUCAACAAAAUGAGGAAGUUCCUGGUUAUAGCCUUAUCUACAACAAUAUGCUUCAUCGCUUUCGUGAUAUCCAAGAUCUUGAUCUCUGUUCUUCUCUACAAAAGAUGGAAAAGAAAGCACAUAAUUUAUGAAAAUGAAGGAAAGAUGGUAAUCUUUAGAUCUUCAUUGCUGCAAUCUCUUAAAUCCGAUGCAGUCUUACAGAAGACACGAAAACUGACCAAUAAAGACAUCAUUGGAUCUGGUGGCUAUGGAGUGGUUUAUGAACUAAGACUAAAUGAAUCUGUAGCCUUCGCCGUGAAGAGGCUGAACCGGGGAUCAGAAGAGAGGGACAAUGGUUUUGAGCGAGAGUUGGAGGCGAUGGCGGACAUAAAGCAUCGGAAUAUUGUAACUCUUCAUGGAUAUUACAUUGCACCACACUACAAUCUUCUUAUAUAUGAGCUAAUGCCAAAUGGAAGUUUGGAUUCCAUUUUGCAUGGGAGAUCAAAGGAGAAGAAGCAUUUGGAUUGGCCAACAAGAUAUAGAGUAGCUGUAGGUGCUGCUAGAGGAAUAUCAUAUCUUCACCAUGAUUGCAUCCCUCACAUUAUCCAUAGAGAUAUCAAAUCAAGCAACAUAUUGCUGGAUCAAAACAUGGGGGCGCGAGUUUCUGACUUCGGAUUAGCCACGUUGAUGGAGCCGAAUAAGACUCAUGUUUCGACAAUGGUGGCAGGAACCUUUGGAUACUUGGCACCUGAAUAUUUCGAUACUGGAAGAGCAACUGUUAAAGGUGAUGUUUACAGCUUUGGAGUGGUGUUACUAGAGCUCUUAACUGGGAAGAAACCCAGUGAUGAAGCAUUUGUAGAAGAAGGAACCAAGCUUGUCACAUGGGUGAAAGCUGUUGUUCAGGAGAAGAAAGAAGAAUUAGUUCUUGACAGUAGCUUAGGGUCCUGUCCAAUGCAAGAGGUAAACAAGGUGUUCAACAUUGCAAUGAAGUGUCUUGAACCAGACCCCUUGAAUAGACCAAACAUGGCUGAGGUUGUCAACUUGCUUGAACAAGCAGUAUCAUGCAAACAUGUUACUACAACAUUGCCAUGUACACUUAAUGACAUGUCAUCCUAAUGUUUUGGUCAAAACCCAUCCCAAGAUUAAUGUUUGUUCGAAGAAUUUUGGAAUGUAUGCUGCAGAUAUGAAUCUUGGGAUUGUAAUUCUUUUCCAUUGGCGGGAGGGGGCUUCUGAGACAGGAUUUGAUGCCCUUGCCUAUUAGUAAUUCAGCAUCAACAGGAUUUUAUUUUGUAACUACAGAGAGAUGUUGAUGUGCAAUGUAACAAUGUUAUUUGGAAAACCAAAAGUUGUCCAACAAUUUUCUUCUAAAACAGUUAUAUUAUGGUUUUCACUAAUUCUCUCAGGUUUUUUAUAGUUGUACAAAUAACAUUCUUUUUAUGCAUUAACCAAGUGAAGCAUAUAUUUGAACUGAUAUACUAACAAAGUGUGUCCUUCUGGAGAAGUAGUACCUCUAUGGCUCUAACAUAGCCAUCUAAGCAUGCAAAUUGAAAAAAGUUUAUAUCAAUGGACAAAUCAAAAUAUGUAGAUUCAGUAGAGGGAAGGAAAAAAAAAA